AUUACAGUACCUCUCGUGUUGCGAUAUUUUACGAGAUCUUGUGAAAUUUCAACGUAAAAAAAGGUUCGAGUUUUGACUAGCCGGUAAACAAAGACAAAAAUCUUACAAGGAGUUGAUGAGUCAAAAAACAGAAAAACCCUCACUAUCUGGCCAACGCCUGAAGACUAGAAAAAGGGAUGAAAAGGAGAAAUACGACCCUACUGCAUUCCGUGAUGCUGUCAUUCAAGGACUCAAUGAAACAGAAGGGGAUCUAGAACAAGUUUCUAAGUUUCUGGAUGUUUGCAAGCUCGACUACAGGCGCUAUAGUGAUGUCCUCUUUGAUGUUCUGUUCGCAGGAGGACAACUAGCACCUGGCGGGUCCAUACUGGAGGACCCCGACCAAUCAAAAGUCUGCCGCACGGACAUCUGUGUGUUUGGAUGUGACGGCGACAGAAACAAACUCAAGGCUUACUUUGAUGUGUUCAAUAAGCUGUUGAGAAGAUACAAGUACCUGGAAAAGUCAUUUGAGGAGUCGAUCAGAAAGCUGCUGGUGUUCCUGAAGGGUUUCACGGAUGAUGAGCAGGAAAAGCUUGCCAUCACGCUUGGUAUCAUCUUCGCAAAUGGCUUCUGUAAGGCCCAGGUCCUCGUGUGCCUGUUUGAAGACCAUGUCGUCAAGGAGGGAAUUGCUCUGCGGUUUGCGACUGCGCUGUUUCGGUCCUGGUUGGAUGAGAAGGACAUAGGCUCCGUGGUGAAGACUCUCAGGGCUUCUGGCAUUGACUCACGCCUCCUGGAGUUAUUUCCCCUGAACAAGCGUAGUCAGGAGGCAUUCGUGUCCCACUUUAAGAAGGAAGGUCUCGAGGGUAUCGUCAACUUUCAGAACAAGCAGCAGUCAGUGGAAAUUAAGAAGGAGCUACAGAAGUCAUUGGAAGAAAUGAUGGAAAAUGACGACAAUCCUAAAGAGAUUGUUGGGUAUUUGACUGACUAUAUGAAGAAACAUGAGCUGAGUGACUCGGAUUUAGUUAUACAUGUAUGGAACACGUUAAUGAGCCAAGUGGAAUGGAACAAAAAGGAAGAGCUGGUCGCAGAGCAGGCAAUUAAGCACUUGAAGAAGUAUGCGCUCGUAAUUGCCACCGUGGCGCGCUCCACAGAGGCAGAGAGUAAACUGUGCAUCAAGAUCCAGGAGUACUGCUAUGAUAAUAUGGCCUUCAUGAAGGUCUUCCAGAAGAUCCUUGUCCUGUUUUACAAGACUGACGUACUGAGCGAGGACAGUAUUCUACGCUGGUACAACGGAGGUCACUCCGCCAAGGGCAAGUCGGUAUUCCUGGAGCAGAUGAAGUCCUUCGUUGAGUGGCUACAGAAUGCAGAGGAAGAGUCUGAUGAAGAAGAUUAAAAAAAGCCGUUUAGCAGAAAAGUUCUAGAAGAUUUAUGGCCCUUUUGGCACCCCAGCUUUCCAGCUCUGUGUAAUAUACUAAUCGUCUCGGUCCGGCCUAAAUAUUGACUUGAAUUGUAUACGCCAUAGUAUUUCUCAACAUACAUGUACCACCCUAUGUGUCAAGUGUACCUAUGUUUGAAUGUUUCUAGUAAUCAUAAUGCUAUAUAUAGAUAUAUAUAUGUAUAAAUGAAAUGUUUUCUUUUUUAAAAUUGGUUUCAAUGAGGAAAAAAGCCUCGAACAGUAAUGUUUUAUCACAUACAGUUUUUCAGGUUUUAGAAGAAAUGCAUUAUAACUAUCGCUUUUCCUUAAAUGGCAUUUUUUGAUGAAAUGAAUUUUCUGCUGUUUUAAACAGUUAUUGCAUUUUUUCAGCGAUGGUUUUUGUAAUCUUAAUCAUGUAUACAUUAAAAAUGUGUUUUUUUAGAGAAGAAAUUGUGCUUUAUCUGUACCUUGUAUACAUCAGCUUUAAAUUCUUUCCAAGAAAGAGAAUUGUUGUAUCGUCCAUAUAAUUAUUAAGUAAAGCAACCUUAGAAUUUCUUUUAUAAAUGUGUAUGUCAUGUCAUCAUCAUAACUCGGCACCAUUUUAGCAAUCAAAAAUCACCUAUUUUGUCUAUUUUUGCCCCAUGUUUGCUUGUAGAAAAUAUCAUUUUUGAAUCAAAUUAGCAGAUCACAAGUGCAAUUAUAAAAGAUAUUUGUUUUUGCAAGAUGAGAAUUAGUUCAAGAUCAAAACAGCGGCAAUGAUAUUCAUGCGUAAAAUGGUUUUCACCAGUGUAUAUGUAGCUGAAUCAUUUUAUUACUCAAUUUUUAUAGAUUUGGUGCAAAAUAACACUACCCGCCUUCUUGACCAUCGCAAGAUAGUGGAUUUUUGCACUAAUUCUACUUGUGAUCAGGGAUGUUUCUAUCAGACGUUUCUAUUAGACACCUCAAAUUUGUUCUACCUAUUUCACUGAAACUUGGUGCAGAGUAGAUUUAGCCAUUCAUGUAUUUACAGUAAAUGAUUUUUUUGUACAGUAAAUAUGGUAAUUAUAUACAAAACUUGAUAAAUAAAUGUUCUUGGUAAAAA